AUGAACGGCACCAGGCAGCAGUCUCUGUUCUUUGUCAGUCUGCCAGAGCUACAAAAACUCUGUGCCACUACAAUUACACUGAAUUCUCAGAUACCAGAAACUGAGAUAAGGAGCACACAGAUAAAGAUUUGCAGGCAGUUAUUAUUCCUGCAUCAAGACAUCCUCUCUGCACCUGUUAUUGGAACCCUAAGUCAAAUUUCAGUUGUAAUGGCGAUACCAUUUUACAAAUCAGGAAUAUGUCAAGCCUAUGCAGAGAAACAAGGUGCCACCCUGGAAGCACCACAAGCAGUCAGUCCAGCCAUUCUCCAAACUUGUAUCUCCUACACACUUACAGCCAGGCUUGCACCUAGAUGGAACAAGGCUGGUCAUCUCUUGGUGCAAGGAAAAGAUUUUUUGUCUUGUUCAGGAAGACAAAAUGCUGUUGUUGUAGACCUCAAUGUAUCAGAAAGACAGCUCUGCAUCAGCAUGGAGGCUUGCUCAAUUCGGUUGCCACCCCCUGAGCUGGCAGACUUCGAUAUUUCAGCAAACACCUUAAAGCUAUUUGACAGCAAUGAAAAUGCAGUUAUUCAGCAGCAUUCCAUAUUAAGUAACUGGUGCUAUGUUUUGCCAAGCAUGAAAAUGGGUCAGAUCAUAAACAUCAGCCACAUAAUUCCUCCAGAAUCUCCUUUCCGUUCAUAUAAAGAACUUCAGAUGCACUGGAAGAAUCUGUAUGGAUAUAUUCUUCCAGAAGAUCUUGAAGAGUUGCAAAUAUACUUCAGUGUUUACUUCAGACCCAUAGGGGAAAGGUUCUUUACGUAUCCUUUAAGUUGCAUUCGAAGUCAGCCAGUGCAGUAUUUCCCUAGAACAGAUUCAGAAAGCGUGUUAAACUCUUUUCUUUCUGACAUGAAGCACGUUCUUUCACAUCUAUGUGGAUUUCCUGUAAAGGUGACGAGUAAAGCACUUUAUGCUACACAGGAACUCUCCAGGGCUCCGGAAAUACACUCUAAGCAUAUGAAACUGGCAGGUGAGAUUGUUUCCAUAGUAUCUCUAACACAGACUCCUCCAAGUAAACAGACUUGCAGUGGAAUUUCUUCACCGUGCAGUAUGGAAAACAGCCGCUGGAUGGAGCGUUUGAUCAAAGAGCCAGGAACACACAAUUUUUUGAGUAGCCUUAAGGGUACAGAAAAGGUUAGCAUUGAAGCAACUGAGAAAUCAAUGAAUAAUAGGCAAACACCAGGAGUACCAGCGUUACCAGUUGUGGAGUCUUUAGGAGUGGCUGUAAAUUCAACUUUUAAACUCACCCCACAAAAAGUCAACAAAAUUAUACCAAUUUUCAAAGGAAAGUUGAUGCAAAUGAAUGGAAAGACCGCAAAUCAAAUGAAUGGGAAGAAAAGAGAAAAUAUUGAAAGACAUUCACCAACAAAACCUGUGGGUAUUUCUUCUUCUGUACUGACUGUGUGCAAAACCAGCAUAACUCAGGUUUGCAGACCCGUUCAAAAUACGUCAGUCAAAAGUCCUACUCAUAGCAGCCUCUUUCAGGCAACGCACAUGAAAACAUACGCAAAACGUGGUAUACCUGUAUUUCGAUGGAAAACAGCAUGUAGUGCACAGAUGACAAAUUCUGAUUUUUCUGAUAGCUCAGCUUCAGGUGGGAAUUCAAGUGAAGUCCAUCACAAAAAGGCAAAUUCUCCUUCCUUUCUUAAGAAUGUUGGGUCAGUGCUUCAAAAAUCAAACAUCAGUCUGAGUCUGAAUACAUAUGCAUCUCCUUCUUCCAGUGCAAGAAAGGGGAAAAAGUUUGCAAGUCAAAAUACCAUGCAAGAUCUUGAGAAACAACACCAGUCAAAGAAAUCUUUGCAGCUUUGUAAAUUAGACAAUGAAAUGACAAAUUUUGGGUUAUCACAGCAACAAAAAAAAAGAUCAAAUGCAGGAGCAGGGUUAAAUAUUCAUGGAUCUGUCUUAGAUGAUACAAAGCACAUCGCCAAAAAUGAAGAAAAUAGAGCAGCAUGCUAUUCUAAGGACUGUAUUGUUAAGACAACCAGGCAUUCCAAAUCUAACUUUGAACAGAUGAUUACAGGGAAUGAGCAUCUGACAUGUGAAACCCUGACCUCAAAAUUGCCUUCCUCAAUGAAGGAGAGCAACAUGGAAGCAUCUGUAAAGAAAGCCUGUGCCAAAAGAAGACAGAAAGAAGAAGGUUAUCCAAAGUCAAAGAGAGCCAAAAGGAGUAAGCUUUCAGUUUAGGAUGUUCUGCGGUGCUGGAUGAAGACUCUGGAGCUAAGAAUGUGGUUUGGCUGCCUGAUCUCAGCUGGUUAAGAAAGUGUGAAUAGAUUUCCGCAAUCAAAGUUCCUUUUCCCAGCACCACAACUGUAAUAUGUAGUAUGUAAUAUUUUGAGGGCUUUCAAUUUAAAACCUGACCUAUAAGGAAGGAUAAAGCUGUACCUGAUACCAUUGAUUUAUCAAGGAGAGAAUUCUUUCUUGUUCUGUGUAAAAAUGUGAAUGUUUAAUGCCCUAAAUCCAAACUUUGUGAACAGAAUGCAAAUACUAAUGUGGAAAUACAGCAACUUCUGUCUGCAUGUUAACCAUACAGUUGUGAGUUGUCUUUUCGUUUCUUCUGUCAUCUAAGCUUUCUACAUGUUCUUCUUCAUUAAGGUUCCCAAGAGGGCAUAACAUACUUGAGGAUGUCUGAGUUUUGUGAAUUUUACUGUUUAUUUCAUGUGAGUGGUAUCUGUUGCUGGAUGAAAAACUGAGGUUUAAAUACAUACAGUCAAGGAAAUCCAUGCAUCAACAACUUUUUGAGACAGUUUAUGUUAAGACUCUUAAAAUUCGAAAAUUUAGCUCAUUGCUCAGGUUUUGAAUCACAUUAUGUCUGCCUUUUCCUUGCUUGCAUGGUUAGUCAUUCUCCCAAGUUAUUUUGAAGUUUUGAAUCUGUCUUUUAAUGAGAUAAUUAUAUUUAAUUCUUUGCUACAAUGCCUAAGCCUUUGUUUUGUCAGUAAAACAUUCCUAAAUAAUUUUUCCCUGUCAAAUCAAAUGGUUGGAAAAGAAACGGUACACUUUUUCUUGGGGAAUAAUCUGAACACUGGAUUUGAGUCGAGCUUCUUUAAUUCUUGUUAUAAUUUUUAAUGAAUUUCUAUUUUCAGAAAUGAAACUGCUCCGUAAAAGAUUUAAGUCUAAUUGAUAAUUCCGUUCUUCAGCAAUUCAUGCAGAAUGUGUACAGCUGCCCUUUGAAUAAUUUUAUCAGCAUAAAUGUCUUUUCAAUGACCUACUUGAAAAUGUAGUUGCAAAUAUAUACAUAUAUAUGAUCGUUGAGCCAUAAUAGCUGUUUAAGCGAAUAUUAUUUUGUCACUUGGAAAAUAAGAAUCAAAUAUCCCACAAGCUCCUGAGCCAGUGUGACUGGAAGUUAACACUUGCUUUGGAUAUGCAUUUGCAAAACUUUUUUCCUGAAAGAGUUGGUACAAUUGAAUUUUACGUGCUUUAUGAAAACCUUUUCAAGUUGAUAUUUCCAUAGGUGUGUUUUAAUUUACCUCUUUUUUUCAAAGCAAGAUUUUGCCCUACUACAAAGGCAGCUUAAGUAUUGUUUGUGGUUUUUUUUCUUGAAUAGUGACUGUUAACAUAGCUCUAAUUUAAUGGUGUCAGUGUUUAAAAUGAAGUGGGUGCUUCAUUAACAUGUAGUUUUCUUAUAUGUAAUACAAAAAAUACAGAACUACACAAAUAUUGCAAAAUUAAAACAAUAUGGUCAGCAAGAAAUAAAAUUAUAGUUACAUUUUGUCUGGAAAUGGAUACACAAAACUACUUUUCAAAUGUUGUGGAUUAGUUGUCCUUUUGUAGGUUUGACUAUAUGUAAUUUAUCUUCUUGUCUUACAAUAUGAAAACGCCUGUAGAGCAGUUGCAUUUGAACUAUGUUAUAUAAAUUAGAACUUCACCACAUGUAUUUCCUACUGUUGCUUUUUUAAAUGCUGCCGGUUGACAACGCUUGCCUUGUAUUAUAACAGAAAUAAUUUUGCAUUAUUCUUGCAUUUU